ACGCGGCUCGGGCAUCUCCGUCGCUCGGCCACGCUCAUUCAAGCUGGACGCGUUCCGAGCCGACUUGGCUCGAUUCAGUCGCGGCCGACCCGCCACUCUGCAAGCUCUCGUCCAUCGCGCGCGCGUGUCUUCGUGCUUCCUCCUUUAGACGCUUCUUCUCUCUUCGCUUCUCCUCGGCCUCCCUCUCCUCUUCGUUCGACACCCCCACCCCCUUCUCGAUCAUCAACCGAACGAGUCCCCCCGAGUUUCACCCGCCGAAGAACCCACCCCGACGAAGAAGCGAAAAGAUCGGUGAGUCAGUUUCGCCCGCCUGAGCGAAGAGGAGGAUCGUCUUUGCUCGAGCGAGCGAGCGAGCCUCGUGGAGAAGGGAGAAAAGUGGAACAGGUGUCUGGCUGGUGGGACAUCUCGGUAGGGUGAAACACAUCUGUUUUUCCGUGUCUCGUCGAGAGCCCGCCGGUGCAACGAGGUCUCGCAGGAACGGCUCCUCUCCUCGGACCGCGGUGAGAUGAGACGUCCAGUGUACACGGUGAUUGCGGUGGUGUUCGAACGGCGCCGCGACAAACAGCCAGUCGCGAACGGUGAUAUUUUGUGAACCGGGGGCAACCGGGGGGAACCGGCCACGCGUGACAGUGUGUGACAGUGCGCUGUGGAAACGAAAAGUGUAGAAACGAGGGAUUCUCGCGCCGUUCUCUGCUCGCUGCUCUCGCUGUCUCAGAAAAGUGCUUUGUGGACCGACCGACAGCGUGUGGAUAACGAGUAUUCUACAGUUCUAGUAGCGGCGGAAGAAGGACCGAGAGGAAGGAAAAUCUGCGGAAGCGGCGAGCUGCUCUUUCUCUCUCUCUUUCUCUCUCUCUCUCUCUCUCUCUCUCUCUCUCUCUCGUCGGCGCAGAAAGGAGACUCGGGAAAAUCGGCCCGUGACACGGCGAGAGAUCAACGCUGGCAAGCGUCCCGGCGUACGAGAAACUUGGCAAGAGGCAACGCCCUUACCACGCCGGGAAGAUGAAGGCUAGCCUGGUGCGUCGGCUGGUUGGCACGUCCGUGACCUAAGGCCGCCCGUCGAGUCUCUUCCGGCGAGAAGAAGAGGAACAAGGCCAAAGGGGGGGCUCGAGCGCGAUGACGACGAUCAUGGUGACGGGGUCCGAGCCGACGGUGGAGUCGGUGGUGUCCCCGGUGGACGUGACCACCAUCCUGAACGCAAUCUCGACCGAGGACAGUGGCCAGUUCGCCAACAGCAGCUACUCGAGCGACCAGCGGUGGUCGGUUCCCGUGACGAUCGCGAAAGGCUGCGUGUUGGGAUCGAUCAUCGUGACGGCGGUGUUCGGCAAUCUGCUGGUGAUGGUGUCGGUGAUGCGGCAUCGCAAGCUACGUAUCAUCACCAACUACUUCGUGGUCUCGCUGGCCCUGGCCGACAUGCUGGUAGCGAUGUUCGCGAUGACGUUCAACGCGUCGGUGCAGAUGACCGGCAGAUGGCUGUUCGGCUACUUUAUGUGCGACGUGUGGAACUCGUUGGACGUGUACUUCAGCACCAGCUCGAUCCUGCAUCUGAUGUGCAUCUCGGUGGACCGUUACUGGGCGAUCGUCAAGCCCCUGAAAUAUCCCAUCAUCAUGACCAAGAGGCUGGCCGCGUACAUGCUGCUCGCCUGUUGGAUCAUGCCAGCGUUCAUCUCGUUCAUGCCGAUCUUCAUGGGCUGGUACACCACCGCGGAGAACAGCACGUACCGGCAGGAGCACCCGGAGCUGUGCGAGUUCAAGGUGAACAAGGUGUACGCGAUAUUCUCGUCGAGCAUCUCGUUCUGGAUACCGUGCACCAUCAUGACCCUCACGUACUUCGCCGUGUUCAAAGAGGCGAACAGGCAGGAGAAGCAGAUGCACAGCCGCAUGGGGAACGUGAUGCUGCUGAGCCACAGGCCGAGCAAAGACCUGAACAAUUUGAACGGCGAGCUGAACAGCGCCGGUUCGUCCAAGACGCUCACGCUCAACGAGAUCAGCACCGAUCACCUGCACACGCCCACCAAAGACAAGAACAUCAUGAAGAUGAAGAGAGAGCACAAGGCUGCCAGGACGUUGGGCAUCAUCAUGGGUACCUUCAUAAUUUGCUGGUUGCCGUUCUUCUUGUGGUGCGUCUGAGAAUUCAGGCUUUCCAGACACUUUGCGAACG